CAACCUCAUAUGGGUUUCAUAAAGUUUGAAACAGGUGUCCUGCUCCUCUGCAACCUUUUACAUGGGGUUUAACGUCUGACUUCAAUCUUUCUUUUGCUGAAUUUUGUUUUUUUUCUAAGUAUACAGCACUUUUUCUGCCGUCUUUUCAUUGAUAUUCAAGAGGGUUUCAAUGGCUUCAUGUAGCUUGGGAGCUUCAAAUGUUAAAUUUCUCAGAGUGAACCUUGGUAGAGUCAGAGCUAGUGAUUUACAACCACGAUGUGAUGUAAGGAAAUGGAUGGGACGGAAACAAGUACUAUAUACAGGCUUGGUGAUAUCACAGCCAGUGGAAAAGACAUUCAGGGUAUAUUGUGGUUUGGAAACUGAGUCUGCGAGAAGUGUUGACGAUGAUUAUGAAGAGACAAAGUCAUCUAGUUUGAGAAGCCAACUCAUUCCAAAUUCAUCAGAGGUGGAGUCUCUUGUCACAGAUAUAUGCGAUUCAACUUCAGUUGCUGAAUUUGAACUGAAACUCGAUGGCUUUAGGCUCUAUGUGACAAGGGACUUAAAUAGGAACAGUGUACCUCCACCUCCUUCAAGUCCUGCUCCUGUCAGCAUAAAUACAACUGUUGAGGAACCUGAUUUAAAUGGGUCUGUUACUUCUCCAUCUCUGGCUAUUACAAAACCCGUGCUGUCUUUAGGGAGGGUUCAGAGAUUUCUUGAUAAAGCUGCUGAUGAAGGCUUGAUGAUACUUCAGUCUCCGAAGGUGGGAUUUUUCAGGAGAUCUCGAACCAUAAAGGGGAAGCGUGCACCACCAUCAUGUAAAGAGAAGCAAAUAGUAAAGGAGGGUCAAGUGCUUUGCUAUAUUGAACAACUUGGUGGUGAAAUUCCAAUUGAGUCUGAUGUAUCUGGGGAAGUGAUCAAAAUCCUUAGAGAGGAUGGCGAGCCUGUUGGAUAUGGUGAUGCUCUCAUUGCAAUUCUCCCUUCUUUUCCUGGGAUAAAGAAGCUUCAGUAGAAAUUUUGUUUGAUUCUUCCUCAAUAAUACCUUGAUGAGUGUACUGUCUUUCGUAGAAAAAAAUAUACAUGCCUUUACCAUUGGAUUUUGGUGGGAAUUGUAAACAGAUUUGUGCUCAA